AUGUAUUUUGAAAUUGGUAUUAAGAGGGAAAGAAGUUAUGGAAAAAUUUAUGUCAAGACUGAUAAUAGGACUUAUCGCUUCACUGGUUCAAAAUCAGAAUCAUUAUUUCUACAACGAUUAAAUCCACGUAAAAUUAGUUGGACAGUACUUUAUAGACGCAUGCAUAAAAAAGGUAUCACCGAAGAAGUUGCUAAAAAACGUACAAGACGUUCUGUAAAACAUCAACGUGGUGUUGUGGGUGCUUCAUGGGAUGCUAUUCGCGCCAAACGUAAUCAAAAGCCAGAAGUAAGAGAAGCUGCUCGUCAAGAAGCUAUUCGUGAAGCAAAAGAAAAAAAGAAAGUUGAACAAACUAAACGUAAAACUGAAAAAGCUAAGAUUGAUAAAGGUUCUCGUGGACAACCUAAAAUAUCAAAACAACAAGCUCGUGGUGCACAUCAAAAAGUUGCAGCAAAGAGUCGUUAA